AUGGCGUCUGGUCGCGUUUGCCAUUUCAAACUCGUCCUCCUUGGCGACACGGCGGUUGGAAAGUCGUGCUUGGUUGUCCGCUUUGUCCGGGACGAGUUUUUUGAAUUUCAGGAACCUACUAUCGGAGCUGCAUUCCUAACCCAAUCUGUCAACUUAGAGAAUGCAACCGUCAAAUUCGAAAUUUGGGAUACGGCUGGACAGGAACGUUAUCGAAGCCUUGCCCCCAUGUAUUACCGUGGUGCUGCGGCUGCUAUCGUUGUUUACGACAUAACCAAUAAAGAGUCGUUUAACGGUGCAAAGUCAUGGGUCAAAGAACUUCAAAGACGUGGCGAUCCCAAUGUCAUAAUUGCUCUUGCUGGAAACAAAGCCGACUUGCAGAACAAGCGUCGAGUUGAGUCAGAGGAAGCAAAACAAUACUCAGAAGAAAACGGCAUUCUUCAUAUGGAAACGUCGGCAAAAAAUGCGACACACGUUAAGGACCUAUUCCAAGAGAUUGCACGAAAACUACCGAAGACCCCGCCUCAGCCCGAGCGAGACGCGUUCCCGAUUAUUCCCCCCAAGCACAAUGAGAACAAAGUGUGCUGUUAACGAUUUUUUCUUGCUAAGCUCCAAAAGUCCUGAUUCUGCAACAGAAAUGCUUGACGCGCCUAAAGAAGCAAACAGUGGUGAGUUCGGCUGAUUGCGCAGGGAGACAAUAUUGAGCCAUCCGCAAGAUAAAGGUGGGCCAUCGAGGUUACUGACUGUCUCUAGUGUCGACAGUGCGACUCCCUCCCUCCCGAUUUGCGGAUUUUUAGAUAUGCUAUGGAGCUCGGUGGGUUUUCGGUAUUGUGGCCACAAUACUGUUCGGCAAGUUGGAUCCCAAUUACCUCGGGCCAGCCACGCGGCAAUGAGUAUGAUCGUUGGGCGAGCAGUCCCUGGGUAGUUGAGGCCUGCUGAGGUGGCUGCGCCAUCCAAGCGCGGUCCGUCGGCCUUCAUUCUGGCACUCUCAAUUGAAUCGAGCUCAGCCCCCCCUUGAGGGGGGAGUUUACCUUGCUUCCUUUAGCUUCAGGCUAGUGGGGGACACGAAAGGCCAAGUGGACGGAAACAUAUUGUACUUGCCGUAAAUGCAAUACUACAAU